CCCGUUCAAAUGGAAGCGGCUCUUUGGGGGUGUUUUCGAAAGGAAUUGAGGACGUCACCUCAGUUGCGGCAACGACCAUCGGGACAACACAAGGCUAUCAUAAUGUCAGGCAAGGUGAAACGCUCUGCGGUCAACACUGCUGAAUCAGCUACUGUGUCUGUCAACGAGAAGAUACUGCGAGAAUGCCAUAGCCUUUAUACCGAGCCAGAUAAUGGCUUAGUAGCUAUUGGAGAGAGCCUUGGCCUGAAGUUGCUGCCUCCUAGAAAGAAGAUCAAUGUCAUGUUGAUGGGCAACCACUCUGCUGGCAAGAGUUCUUUUAUUAACUG